AUGCAUGACGUGCUCAUCCUCGGAGCUGGCCUUUCUGGGCUCUACAGCCUCUACUCAAUCCGCAAACGAUUUCCGUCGUGGCGAGUCAAAGCUCUUGAAGCAGGAGGCGACGUUGGAGGUACUUGGUACUGGAAUUCAUAUCCAGGAUGCCGCAUUGAUACUGAGUCACUUUCGUACUGCUUCUCUUUCGACAAGGAGCUUCUCGAAGAAUGGGACUGGAAGGAGCAGUUUGCGACUCAAGCCGAAACUCAUAACUAUGUGAAGCAUGUUGCUCAGAAGCACGACUUGUAUAAGGACAUACAGUUCAACACACGCAUCAAGUCAGCAUGUUGGGACCAAGCACAACGAUACUGGACAUUCAUUGACGAGGCUGGCGAACAACACAAGACUAGAUUCUUCGUUUCGUGCUUGGGAUUUCUGUCCUCUCCCACAUUGCCCGAUAUCCCUGGCAUUCGUGACUUCGCCGGAGACGCAUUUCACACCAGUCGCUGGCCUGCCCAUCUCGAUCUCAGCCGAGACUUCGCCAACAAGCGCAUUGGAGUCAUUGGCACUGGAGCAACGGGAAUUCAGACGAUCACAGCAGUAUCGAAGGAGCCAUCGAUCAAAUCUUUGACUGUUUUCCAGCGAACGGCAAAUUGGUCGGCUCCGUUGCACAACUCUGAAAUCACUCCUGAGGAAAUGACCAAGCACAAAGCUGGAUAUGACAACCUGUUUGCGAGAUGUGCUGAGACGCCCACUUGUUUCCUCCACGCUGCCGAUCCCCGGAAGUCGUUGGACAUAUCCAAAGAUGAGAGACAUGCUUUAUGGGAGAAGCUGUACUCCGAGCCUGGCUUUGCGAAGUGGCUUGGUGUCUUCAGCGACACGUACACCAACAGAGAAGCGAACAAGCUGUACUCUGACUUCAUGGCGGAAAAGAUUCGCCAGAGAGUCCACGAUGCUGCCGUGGCAGACAGCCUCAUUCCCAAGAACCACGGCUUUGGCACGAGACGAGUCCCGCUCGAAAGCGGCUACUUCGAAGCCUACAACCGAUCAAACGUCCAUCUGGUCGAUCUGCAGAAGACGCCAGUUGAGCAGGUCACUCCCAGCGGCAUCCGCACGAGCGAUGGCGUCGACCAUGAACUUGACAUCUUGAUCUUCGCCACUGGAUUCGACGCCAUUACCGGAGCAUUCAACGCUAUCGACUGGCACGCUAAAGAAGACAGGCCUCUCACAUCGACAGAAGAUAGUCCACGAGCGGAGCACGCAAUCUGGGUCGAUCAACGACCACGAACAUUCUUAGGAUUGACCGUCCCUUCCAUGCCUAAUAUGUUCAUGGUGUUAGGCCCACAUCAACCGUUCGGCAAUGCGACAAGAAGCAUCGAGCAUGCCGUGGAAGUCAUCACCAACAUGCUGGAUUAUUGUGAAGAGCACGACUAUACGUACGUGGAGCCGACGGAGGAGGCUGUUGAUGAAUGGACCGAUCAUGUUAUUGAAUGUGGCAAGGCAUCGGUGUUGAUCAACGAAGUGGAUAGUUGGAUGACGGGGAUCAACAAGAAUGUCAAGGGGAAGACUGUGAGGAGUGUGGUGAGGUACUCGGGCAGUGCGAUUGAGUAUCGGAGAAGAUGUCAGGAGUGUAAGGAGAGCGGGUACAAGGGGUUGACAUUUUCUUAG